AGGGACUACAAGGCAAUGCCAGGAUAAGGGAGUUGGAGUGACCUGGGUGAUUCUGUGUGGGUCAAUCAGGGAGGCCUUCCUGGAAGAGGCCGAGGCCCCAGGGUGUGGCCACCACGACCCAUCAGGCUAUUUCCAGGGCCGGGCCAGCGCUUGGAGCUGACCCAGCCAGGGUUUCCACUGGUUCCAGAGGAUGAGGCUGCUCCGCAGACGCCACAUGGCCGUGCGCCUGGCCAUGGUGGGCAGCGCCUUCGUGCUCUUCCUCUUCGUCCUGCAGAGGGAUGUAAGCGGCAGGGAGCAGGCCACAGAGAAACCAUGGCUGAAGUCCUUGGUGAGCCAGAAGGAUCAUGUCCUGGACCUCAUGCUGGGAGCCGUGCACAACCUUAGGGAUUCAAUGCCCAAGUUCCAGAUCAGGGCUCCGGAGCCCCAGCAUACACUGGCCUCCACAAACCGGACCUGCCUCCCCGAGUUCUAUGCCCCAGCUGAGCUGAAGCCCUUCUGGGAACGGCCACCACAGGACCCCAAUGGCCCUGGGGCAGAUGGGAAAGCAUUUCAGAAGAAACAGUGGACGCCCCAGGAGACCCAGGAAAAGAAAGAGGGCUAUAAUAAGCACUGUUUCAAUGCCUUUGCCAGUGACCGCAUCUCCCUGCAGAGGGCCCUGGGCCCGGACACCCGACCCCCUGAAUGUGUCAACCAGAAGUUCCGGCGCUGCCCCCCACUGCCUGCCACCAGCGUCAUCAUUGUGUUCCACAACGAGGCCUGGUCCACGCUGCUGCGGACGGUGUACAGUGUCGUGCACACCACCCCAGCCAUCCUCCUGAAGGAGAUCAUCCUGGUGGAUGAUGCCAGCACGGAAGAGUACUUGAAGGAGCCGCUGGAGCAGUACGUAAAGCAGCUGCAGGUGGUGAAGGUGGUGCGGCAGGAGGAACGGAAGGGGCUGAUCACCGCCCGGCUGCUGGGAGCCAGCGUGGCCCAGGCGGAGGUGCUCACCUUCCUGGAUGCCCACUGUGAGUGCUUCCAUGGCUGGCUGGAGCCCCUCCUGGCUCGCAUCGCUGAGGACGAGACAGUGGUGGUGAGCCCAAACAUUGUCACUAUCGACCUGAACACUUUUGAGUUCUCCAAGCCCGUCCAGAGGGGCCGAGUCCAGAGUCGUGGCAACUUUGACUGGAGCUUGACCUUCGGCUGGGAGACCAUACCUUCACAUGAGAAGCAGAGACGCAAGGAUGAGACCUACCCCAUCAAAUCCCCGACGUUUGCUGGCGGCCUCUUCUCCAUCUCCAAGUCCUACUUUGAGCACAUCGGUACCUAUGAUAAUCAGAUGGAGAUCUGGGGAGGGGAGAACGUGGAAAUGUCCUUCCGGGUGUGGCAGUGCGGGGGCCAGCUGGAGAUCAUCCCCUGCUCUGUGGUCGGCCACGUGUUCCGUACCAAGAGCCCUCACACCUUCCCCAAGGGCAUCAGUGUCAUUGCUCGCAACCAAGUGCGCCUGGCUGAGGUCUGGAUGGAUAGCUACAAAGAGAUUUUCUACAGGAGGAAUCUGCAGGCAGCAAAGAUGGCCCGAGAGAAAUCCUUCGGUGACAUUUCGGAGCGACUGCAGCUGAGGGAACGACUAAACUGUCGCAACUUUUCCUGGUUCCUGCACAACAUUUACCCAGAGAUGUUUGUUCCUGACCUGAAGCCCACCUUCUAUGGAGCUCUCAAGAACCUCGGCAUGGAUCAUUGCCUGGAUGUGGGAGAGAAUAACAAUGGAGGAAAGCCCCUCAUCAUGUACACCUGCCAUGGCCUUGGCGGCAACCAGUACUUUGAAUACACAGCCCAGAGGGACCUUCGCCACAACAUUGCAAAGCAGCUGUGUCUAUAUGCCGGUGCUGACACUCUGGGCCUUAGGGGCUGCCGCUUCACUGGCAAGAAUAGCCAGGUGCCCGAGGAUGAGGAAUGGAAAUUCACCCAGGAUCAACUCAUCAGGAACUCAGGAUCUGGUACCUGCCUGACGUCCAAGGACAAAAAGCCAGCCAUGGCCACCUGCAAUCCCAGUGAUCCCUACCAGCACUGGCUCUUCAUCUAGGCCCUGGAUCACCCCCCUGUGGGAGAUCCCACAAGCCUCUUAGGAAACAGGAUUUGGGGGAACCUGAUGUUUGAGAACCUGAUCAUCAGUUCCCUGUCGGCCUUAAAGAUGGAUUUCAAACCCGAUGCAAAUCAAGGCAGGACCUUCCUACUCCUUGCAACAACAUUGGGCCUAUUUUCUUUCUUGCACGUUGGUGGAAGAGACCGUUAGAACACAUAAUACAUUACCUAGAGCUCUCCUUCUGCCCUAGAAACAGACUUCCAAAGCAGAGGAGGCAGCUGGGCUAGAGCCCAGGGCAGCAAUGCUGAAUUCAAGAAAAGUAC